CUGACGUCCGACCUGCCACUCAACAUACACAACAGUCGUGGAGUAACACAAGCUGUCUGGAACGUUGUCGAUCAUGCAGUAGGCAAACUGCUCGAAGCUGAUUCCGCAGUUGUGAACUUCGCCCUCGGCUCCGGUGCCGACGCUAACUCGUCCAUGUCAGUAUGUGACUCCGAGUGCGCUAGGUGUUAGGGCGGGCCCUGGCGAGCCGUCCGACGGUUAAUGAAGGCCGUUGCAAGCGCAUUCGUGUCUCAACUUGGUCACUGAGGCGCAUCUCAGCGUAGUGAAGCACGAUGUCUCCGCAGGGUUCGCAAAGCCGAAGCCUGAUAUUGCCAUCUGAGGUUUCCGCAUAAGCGCGAAGACCUAUUGCCAGGCGCAACAAGCUGACCGCAGGCCAUAUAACCCCCACCCGCGGUAUCUGGCGAGAUGCAGGGCCGCAGUAGGAUCCAAGACCUCCGCGAGCGUCGCGAGUUGCCACGACUGCUCCCUCUUCAGCAGGAGGACGUCCGCCCGCGCUCUGGCUUCAGAUUCUUCUCGAGACGCUACGCCAAAUGCUCCAUAAGCUUACUGCUCAUCUUGUGCGCUCUCGUGCUGCUCGCCCAGCUGUACUCGCCCGAGGCCAUCGAGCACUUGUAUGGGGACAUGCGGGUAUAUGCGCCGACGGAGCACUCAAAGUUGCCGUCGCUCUUUGUCAAGUAUAGCGAGGAUGAGCAGCGUACGUCGAAGGAGAAUCUCCUCCGAUGGAAAGAGCAAGGCCUACAAGAACGCUACCUGCGACUACCUGCCCGGCGGCAGCGUUCCGGCUGGGGGCCGUUCAUGCAGGAGCUCAUCUUAAACACCUACCUUGCGAAUCGCAUUGAUCGCAUCUUCGUAUUGGAUAACUUCACCUGGCAUGAAGACGGGUGGAUGGACUACGUGGAUCAUCGCCAAGGCCAAUACUCUAUGCCAGUUCAGAUACCUGUGUCCGCUGUCAUCCGAGCGGUGACCCCUGCCGGCGUUGACCCGCAAAUGAUACGUGCGGUCGGGAAAGACCUAUGGGACGAAGCAUGCCCUCGCGGACGGAUGGUGCAUGGACUAGAAGCGCCACCUGUCGUCGGCAGACAUCUGCAGGCUUCGAUGCCCCUGAAGGAGGACGUGAGCGACUCCCGCAGCCAGUGCUUGGAGCUGUAUGAAUUCCCCUCUACUUCGAACGACAUGGGGAGCACGCUGCUCGACAUCUGGCCAACGCUUUCGAACUCGUCCAUCUUGACGCACUUCGGCUGGUCGCCGCUCGUGGAGCUGGCCUUCGACAUGAACCGCGAACUGAUCGCCCCCGUCACGGACCUAGAGCCCUAUCUGUCUUCUUUGCCCUUCACAAACAGCUCCGACCGCUAUCGACCGAUCCCCGGUCUGCUUUCUCUACACGUACCGCGGGGGAUCUACCAGGACUACUGCAGAGGUCUGGCCCCCGGAAGCCAGGGAUUUACGGGCUUCAACGCCUUCCCAUCGUUUCCCGACGUCUUCGACCCCGCGAAGCUCGCGCACCUCGGCGAGGCAGCCCGCACGGCGGUGUACCACCGUCGGUGCUAUCCGAUUAUCCAGGAGAUCGUCCGGCGCGUGGAUAUCGUCCGACAUACCGAGGCGGGCAAGGGCCUCCGCGACGUCUACAUCAUGACGAACGCGCCGACGCCGUGGGUGCUCGAGUUGAAGACGGCGCUGCGGCGAAUGGGCGGGUGGGCGAGCGUCAGUAGCACGAGAGACCUCGUGCUCAGUCGCGAGCAGCGGUACGUGAAGCAGGCGGUGGAAAUGCUUGUGGCACAGCGGGCGCAGGUUUUCAUUGGGAAUGGGUUCUCUACUAUGAGCGGGCAAGUGGGCAUGCUCCGGGUGGCCAAUGGCUUGCUUGUUGAGUCUACGCGCCACUGGUAGGGUUCUGCGAAGAACUGCCCGUGGCGGCGGCACUGUGUAGGGUUCAGUGUGUUUAUGUUGUUCUGCGUUGCUUCACACUCCUUCACUCAUGUUUCCCUACUGGCGUACAUUUUAUCCAGUCGGUAGUAUGUCAGCUAGUCGAAGCCAAAUCAAAGCGAGCUUUGCAUUGUCCUGUAA